ACACUUGCCACUCUGACUUUGCCGAGCCACCAGGCACCGCUUGUCUGUUUGCACCUGAGUGAGAACGUACUGAAAUGCAACUGGAGCUGGUUAUUUAGAAAAAUUACCAGGGACCGGUGGGAUGGCGACCUACCCAGAGGAGGCUGAGCUGGAGGCUGAGUCCUAUAGGACCACCACCUAUGACUAUGUGUUUGCACUGCCUUGUUUCAAAGUCAGCAUCCGGGAUCUGGGGGCCCAGUUCCUGCCCCCAUUGUAUUCCCUGGUGUUCAUUGUUGGCCUCCUGGGCAAUGUGGUGGUCAUAGUGAUCCUCACGAAGUACAGGAGGCUCAGAAUCAUGACCAACAUCUACCUGCUCAACUUGGCCAUUUCUGACCUGCUCCUCCUCCUCACGCUUCCCUUCUGGAUUCACUAUGUUGUGUGGAAAACGUGGGUGUUUGGCCAUUUCAUGUGUAAGCUCAUCUCUGGGUUCUAUUACGUGGGCCUGUACAGCGAGAUCUUCUUCAUCAUCCUGCUGACCGUCGACAGGUACCUGGCCAUCGUCCACGCCGUGUUCGCCCUGCGAGCCCGGACUGUGACUUUUGGUGUCAUAACCAGUGUCAUCACCUGGGGUCUGGCGGGGCUGGCCGCCCUCCCUGAGUUCAUCUUCCACAGGAUCCAGGGGGACCUGGAAGAGCUUUUCUGCAGCCCUGCUUACCCGGAGGGUGAAGAAGACUACUGGAAGCUGUUCCAAGCUCUCAGGAUGAACGUUGUUGGCCUUGCACUCCCUCUGCUCCUUAUGGCUGUCUGCUACACAGGAAUCAUCAAAACGCUGAUGAGAUGUCCCAAUAAAAAGAAGUACAAGGCCAUCCGGCUCAUUUUUGUCAUUAUGGUGGUCUUUUUUGUUUUCUGGACACCUUACAACCUGGUUCUGCUUCUCUCUGCCUUUCAAGUGACCUUGUUGGACACUGACUGUGAGAAGAGCAAACAGCUGGAUGUGGCCAUGCAGGUGACAGAGGUGAUAGCCCAUACCCACUGCUGUGUCAACCCCGUCAUCUAUGCCUUCGUGGGUGAGAGGUUCCAGAAGUACCUGCGCCACUUUCUCCACAGGCAUGUGGCCGUGCACUUGAGCAAAUACAUCCCCUUCCUCCCUAGUGAGAAACUGGAGAGGAACAGCUCCAUCUCCCCAUCGUCAGGGGACCCGGAACUCUCUGUUGUGUUUUAGAUCUGGUGCAGAAAGCUUCCAAAAGAUGGACUGGGCAGAAGACACAAACACAGUAAGUCAGCUGCAUUGACCUCCCGCCAGUCCUUUGAGCUCACGGCACAACCGUGACGCUCUCGAAAUCUUUACAGUACACAGUGCCCCAGGAUGUGCUCUCACCCCACACUCAUCCCCAGAGGCCGGGCAGUUUCUUCUGUAUCAGCCAAGAAAACCACUGCCUGAUUCCCUGGAGAGUCAGCUACAUUUUAAUGCACCUAGAUGCUAGUUACUAUGCUCGGCUGCAGACACAUUGCAUAACCCAGAGCUUUACU